AUGAGCUACAAUCAUAGUGAGUGCAUACUUAGAUUGGACUCAUCGAGAUACGAUUCAAAGAUGGCCAAUAAGAAGCGUUCCCAGAAGGCUAUCCAGGAGCGUACCGAUAAGAAGCGCAAGCUACAGGAUGCGCAGCUUGAAAAUGGGCUGUUUGGUGCAGAUGUCAACUCUAUUGACAUCGGGGAGGAGAUGCCAGCGAAGAUAGCCAGCGGCAAAUGGGAGGAUAAUGAGCAGGAUUAUGAAUUGAAGCCGCGCAGGAUGCAGGACAGUGAACAUGAAUUGGUAGAAGGGUUGCCGAUUAAGAUCAAUGGUAAGCUGGAGCGCAAGAUGAGGGUAGUGCAACGGGCACCAGAGAACAAUGAGGUGUCAGAGGAUGAUUCAGAGAAGUCGGAGGACGAGAGCAAACAAGAGGAGAGUGCGGACGAGGAGGACGAGGAACCAGAUACAGAGGAGCGUAUUUUGGAGAUGAAGGAACUGAUUGCGGAGCUGGUGGAAAAGAUUAUAGAGGAACCCGAAGAGAACACUUCCGCGCUGACACGCUUGCGGAAAAUGGCAGAAUCCAAGAACCCCAAUACUAGCAAGUUUUCGAUGCUAGCGCUAAUACCUGUCUGGAAGAGCAUCAUACCGGGGUACCGGAUUCGUCCAUUGACGGAGAUGGAGAAGAAGGAGAAGGUUUCGAAAGAUGUCGCGCGCCUGCGUAACUUUGAGGAGAAGCUUGUACACAACUACAAGCUCUACAUAGACCAUUUGGCUUCACUGGCGCGGACUGCAAAUAACGAACCUGCUCUAAAGGUCAGACUGGGCAAUAUCGCGGCAACCGCGGCUGUUGAGCUGGCCGGAAGCUUUUCGCAUUUCAAUUUUAUGUCGGAGGUCCUGACUAUCGUUGUGCGCCGAGUGUGCAAGCCAAACCCCUCUGCUGAUCCUGUUUUCUCCAAGGCCAUUAAGGUUCUGGAGACUCUUAUGAACGAGGAUGAUGAAGGCCGAGUUUCUGCCGAGAUUGUUCGUCUGUUAUCGCGCACUUUGAAAGUACGGAACUACAACGUUGACGAAUCUGUACUGAACUCGCUACUUUCUGUCGAUGUAUUGCACGACUAUGACCCGAAUACCAAAACAGAUGAGCCAACUAAGGUAAAGCUGAAGAAGAAGGACAGGGUGCAUUUAUCAAAGAAGCAGCGUAAGGUGAGGAAGGAGAUGAAGGAGAUCGAAGAGGAGAUGCGGAAGGCAGAACAAGCAGUGUCUGCGGAAGAACGUGAGAAGAACCAGGCAGAGUUAUUAAAGUUAAUUCUCGCAUUAUAUCUAAAUGUUUUGAAAGCUAACCAACAAAAAUUGAUAGGUUCUGUACUUGAAGGUUUGGCGAAGUUCGGCCAUAUGGCAAACCUGGAACUGUUGGGAGACUUUCUAACUGUCAUGAAAGAGCUUAUUUCGGACGCGGACUUGAAUGCACUCUCUUCGGCAGAAGUGCGUAAGGUUUUACUGUGUAUUGUUACUGCAUUUUCUUUGGUUUCUAACCAUAGACACAUGAAGCUUUCCGUCGAUCUCUCUUCAUUUGUGGAUGCUUUAUACUCCGUGCUCCCGUACCUGUCUCUGGAUGCCGAUGUCGAGUUCUCACAUAAAACGCUGCGUUUGGCGGAUCCCUUGAACAACGAACUGGUCAAGCCAUCUGUCAAUGUUUCCACUAAGGCCGAGCUCCUUCUCAAAGCACUAGACCAUGUGUUCUUUAGAUCCAAGUCUGGGACACAACAAAGAGCUGCUGCAUUUACGAAGCGGCUAUAUAUUUGCAUGGAACAUACGCCUGAGAAGACAACUGUGGCUCUACUCAAAUUUUUGGAUAAGCUGAUGACCAAGUAUCCGCAGAUAGCAGGGCUAUAUUCCACUAAUGACAGGAUAGGGAAUGGUACGUUCUACAUGGAAGCCUCCACUCCGGCGAGAAGCAAUCCUGAUGCAGCUACUAUAUGGGAGAAUGCAUUGUUGACUAAACACUAUUGUCCUCUUGUGGUAAAGGGCACCAAGGCUCUAUUCAAUAGGUCCAAAGAAUCGACGUAG